CGCCGAGCGAUGACAAAUUGACAAUGAAUGAAUAAUGAAAAAGAAAAAUAAAACUCCCUUCUCUUAAAUACUCUCAUAGUUUGCUUUUAGCUUUGUUUAGCCAACCAAUACCCCAAAUUAUACCACUUUCCUCCAUUGAAAUUCCUCUCAAAGCUUCUCUGAAAAAUAUAUUUUGCUACCAUUUCAAGAUUCAUAUUAUCAGAGAAAUUUGCAUAAUUGAUCAAAUCAAUCAAUUUUUUCUCAUCAAACCCCAUUUUCCCAAUUUACGCGGUUUCCUCCCGCUUUAAAUCUAGUUCUCCUUUUUCUGGGUUUUCUUCAUUGGUUUUUUAGGGAUCGAACCCCAUUAAUUAAUCAUGUUUACGAGGAUUUUCGGCAAACCCAAGGAGGGUACAACGAGUGCUGUUGCUACUUUGGAUAAAUUGAGUGAGACUCUUGAAAUGUUGGAGAAAAAGGAGCAGGUGCUUAUGAAAAAGGCUGCUGCUGAGGUAGAAAAGGCUAAGGAAUUCACUAGAGCAAAGAAUAAACGCGCUGCUAUAACAUGUCUGAAGAGGAAGAGGCUAUAUGAACAACAAGUAGAACAGCUUGGAAAUAUGCAGCUACGAAUUCAUGAUCAGAUGAUAUUGCUUGAAGGGGCCAAAGCAACAACAGAGACUGUUGAUGCAUUAAGGUCUGGUGCCUCUGCUAUGAAGGCCAUGCAAAAGGCAACAAACAUUGAUAAUGUGGAUCAAACUAUGGAUGAGAUUAAUGAGCAGACAGAGAACUUAAAACAAAUACAGGAAGCUCUCUCUGCUCCAAUUGGUGCUGCAGCUGAUUUUGAUGAGGAUGAAUUAGAAGCCGAGCUUGAAGAGCUAGAAGGUGCUGAAUUGGAGGAGCAACUUCUACAGCCAGCUACAACUGCUCCUGCUGCACCGGUGUAUGUUUCAGAUGGAAAACAACCUGUACGCCCUACACCUCAGAAGAAAACUGCUGAAGAGGAAGAGCUCGAGGCAUUGCAAGCAGAGAUGGCACUUUAAACAGAUUGUCAGUGCUAGAAGGCAGGAGGUGGUGGUCUUAACGUCGAUGUAGCUGUAUAAUAAGCUUAUUAUUGCUGUGUGUGGCAACUUUGCAGGCACAUAUUACCCAAUCUUUGAUCUUUUGGUAAUAAAUUGUGUUGUAUAGGUUGCGUGAUGUUAUAGACCGUGUUUCCUCUUGGGAAAACGUCAUCUUGAUUGUACCCUAUUCUCAAUGUAAAUUUCAGAUUUUCUUACAUUGUAAUUUCUGACUGUCAUUCUGUAAGACUCUAACUAAGCAACAAUCCACAGGUGUAAAAUGGAUAACACAAGUCUUCAGACUCUUGCCGAACAUUUACAACCCUUUUAAUAUUUUGCUGCUUCUCUGCUCA